CACAUUCGAACGGUGCGUCUCCUCAUAUGCGUUCAAAAACAAACGAAUGGCUUUUAAAGGAGAUUUCCAACAGUAAAAUUCAGACAAAUCUGCCAAAACUCGAUGGAUCAGGCACUGAUAUAUGCUACGUAAACUGUGAGGUAAAUAUGGUUUACACUGAUUCAUAUCACUUUAGGAUGACUUGGCCGUUCACAAAGACAAAUUAAAGGAAUUACGCACCUGUAUAAAAAGGGCAUUAACGACUACAAGGGUAGUCGGUGGACCUAUAAUUCUAUUGAUUGGACCCACGGGUUCUGGCAAAACUACCGCAGUUGAAGUUCUUUCCCGUUCUGUCUUUGAUACAGUUAACGUUGUACAGUUUCUGGACGAAGGGAUUGGUCAUGAUGAGUAUACAGAAAUCGAAAAGUUUGUUCUGUCUUCUGGAGUUUACGGUGGACAGUCAGUCAUGUCUUCUGAGUCUGGGAAGUCACCAGAGUGCACCUCUCCGAUAACAGUUAUGAUCCUAGAAAAUCUUCCUACUGUUGUCAGUGAAAAUCCUUCGCGCUUUCAUAACCUCCUUCGUCUUCACAGUACUCGUGCGUGUGUAAAUUGCUUAUUGGUUCUUAUUUUGUCCUCUUCAACAUUCACUGAAAACGAUUUGUGUGAAAGGAUUAUUUGUCCUCCUACCUUAUGUAGUGAAUUACUUAUACAGCGCAUAGAAUUCAAUCCCGUCGCACCAACUCUCGUAGUCAAGGCAUUGAGUAGAAUUGGGAAUACUUUGGCUAAACAGCUUGGUUUAAAACUACCAUCUCGUCAAUUACUGCAGUCUAUAGCGAAUGACUGUUCUGGGGAUAUUCGAUCUGCUGUUAAUCAGCUUCAUUUUCAGCUUACUUCAGAGAGAGGAAAUUGGAAUAAUUCUACACUGCCACAUUCUCAUCGAGAUGGAGUUUUAUCAUUAUUUCGUACUAUAGGUAAAAUUCUCUAUUGUAAAAGAAAGCCAGUAAACAAUGAACAAAUUGUAUCAAGCUUGGAUAAAGAAGAAGGUAAAUUACCACCACAUUUAGUAACAUGGAGGCGACCUCCACUCGAAUUUAAUCUUGAGGAGAUACUGGAUUUAUGUCAUACAGACGGUGGACACAUUGUCUCAUGGCUUCAUGAAAACUAUCCUGACUUCUCCCCGAAUAUGACUGCAUUGGAACUUGUUUCACAACAGUUUAGUUGGGCUGAUGCAUUUUUAACUGGUGGAAUGAAUUGGCAACUUGGUUUAACACCAGCUUCAGAUUCUUUUGUUUCGCGAAAAUUUAAGCGACCAUAUAACAUUGCAAGUAAAUACUAUCCAGCUUUGACUACAGCACGAACAAUUCUUCUAGCCGAUGGAGUUGAAGAUUUAUCAGGUAGUAAUUUUACUAGAAAUAUCAAAGCAUUUCGUUCUUUCCGUCCACCUUCAACUUUAAAUAGUUGGAAAUUAUGCAAACAGAAACUUGAUGCGUUAGAUGACAUUUUCCUAACUUCUAAUUCGUUAUCACCGAUUUGGCUAGUUGAACAUAUGAUUGCAAGUCGUAUUGAUAUGGUUUUGGAUUAUUUACCUAUCAUGUGGAAAGUCCUUGGAGAAGAAUGGUUUUCUCAAUUCAGCAGUUAUGAAUUGAUAGCAUCAUUGUGUAAUUUUUCACAUAAAACAGUUGGAUAUAAUUCGUCUUCAUCCACUUCAAGUAAUUCAUAUAAUAUUAACAAGUAUCAUGUUAAUAAUAAUAAGUUUAAUUGUGAUGAUGAAAAUAUUGAUUGGUAUUGUCCACCAGAUGCUCAUAACGAAGGGAAUAACUAUGAUAUUAAUGAAAAUUUUUCAGAUGAAGAAAAUAUCAGAGUAGUAUGAAUAUAUCUAUAUAGGAACCUGGUACUCUAUCAGCAUUUAUACUAUGUAUAAUUACUAACUUUUUUGUAUGCAUUUAUCCCGAUUUUAUAACAUUUUUGUAUUAAAUGAUUAUUAUUGUUGUUUACUUUUUUUCUCUAUUGUAUUAUUUUUCAUGUAAAUUACUUUAUAGAAAUUUCUUAUUUUAACUCUUAUUUGAAAAUGAAAUUCAUUCAAUUGGUUUAUAAAAUCUUUUUUUAGUUUUCUUUUUUGUUAUCAUUUUCUGUUACUAAUGUAUAAUGUUCAUCAACUAAGUAAGUAUAUAUUUAGAAACUUGGUUAUAUGUUAAAUGAUUGAUAUACUAUCUAAAUGUCAAGAAAAAGUCGAAGCUGUUUGAUUGAUAAGUAUUCAAACUUGUAAUUUAUUAUUAGUCGGAAGUUGUUUAUUUAAAACAGGUUUACUUACUGGUCAGAUUAAUAAAUCCAUUUUGCUUUAGUACA